AUGGCGACGAUGCGAACCGCGACGACGACCGCGGGCGCGCGCGCGGGCGGACGACGCGCGACGGCGACGGCGCGGACGCGGCGGACGACGGCGUCGAGGGCGACGGCGCGGGACCUCGCGCAGGUGGCGCUGGAGCUGGACGGCGAGACGCUCACGGCGGCGGCGGCGGCGGUGCUGGGCCUCGGCGCGGGGUUGGGAAUCCCGAUCUUCUUCGUGCAGCAAGAGAAGCGGGAUAAGGAACGCUUGGAGGAGAUUCGGGAGCUGAAUCGGGCGACGCUCAAGGCGACUGGGGAGCAGAUGACGCCGGAGGAGAUCCAGGAACUGCGAGCGUCGCGGUACUUGGACCGACGAGAGUUUAAGGAUGAUGAUUAA